ACCAAGUUCGCAGCCCCCUCAUACCCAUCCUCGAAUAAUAUGACCAUAGUCUCAAAUGAUCCCAGUUGGUGGCCGUCCAUCCAGGCGUAUGAGAUUUCCAGCUAUUUUGCAGUUGCUGCCUCUGCCGGGGUGAUGUACGACUGGGGUGAGCAAGAAAGUAUUCAAGAACCUCUGAACCUCUGAUAUCAUUAUGGGAUUUCCAGCCCUGACAUUUGGACAAGAGGUCGAAUUGAUCUGGAGGCAGCGCUGGUCCCUGAUGACGGCUCUCUAUCUCAGCGUGCGCUAUCUUGGAAUAAUAUAUGCUAUCAUCCAGAUUCUGGUUGCAGUUCCAACAAUCCCGCAUGCAUAUGUAGGGGUAAGCUAUAGGAUUUAUUUCGCCCUAGAUUGGACGGGCGUCGUCGUACAUGCAAUCAUAGGCGUGGUCGCCGCAUUCUUCGUGAAGCAAACUUCAGCGGAGGCGCUCAUUCUCUCCGGCACCUAUCAGUGCGAUGUUAAUUUCGUGGGAAAUGCACUAUUUCUGGAUUCCCUGACUUGGAUAUUCGGCACUGUAUGGGAGGUCCUCGCGCUGUGUCUCGCACUCUGGAUUGCUGUGAAACACUUCCGUGAACUGCGCCGACACUCAGCAGGAGGGAUUAUCGGGGACUGUUUCAAGGUGUUAAUAAAAUCUCACGUUGUUUACUUUGCGAGCUUUCUUGCUGGUUCUUGCUUCGAGCUUGUUUAUUUGUUUACACCGAUCUCAGCGAACCAAUAUUCCCUAGAAACUCAGAUUUAUAUUGGUGUCCUUCAAAUUUUCACGCUUGUCCAGAUGUUUGUGCUGGGACCACGCCUCAUCCUUAGCGUUCGAGAAUAUCACGCGGAGCUCGUGGCUGACUCCGUACGUACAGAAACUGCCAUGACUUCAAUUGCAUUCCAGGGGCGCGCACACGUGUCAACUAGUCGUAGUGUGUAGCACGACAAAUGCCUCGGUGUGAUUAGCACCUGUCGCGUAAUCUGCAGGAAGCGGGAGUAUUUUUGUAAGGGUGGAAUUAGAACCAUAAAACUGUAUACCAUGAUUCCAUACAGGGAAUUUUCGUUCGUCUAUACAGUACACCUCAUUCAACAAUUUCAGAACAGCACCUUGUCCAAGAGCGAUG